AUGGCGCCUCUCGACGACACUCAUUUCGCGACAUUCGCGCCAGCGACAAUGGAUCACCACAUAUCGAAACGCAACCUAAAUGUCAACCAGACCCAAGCCGUGACUUUAGGUGUGAUCGCAAUCUAUGCAGUGGCAAUCGCCAUAUUAUGGAACGUACCCUACGUCCGCAUGAUUCUAUGGCCAUUCAAAAUGCUCACCAUCGCCUUCCACGAAUUCGGCCACGCCUUCGCCGCCAUCCUAACCGGCGGCAAAGUCGAAUCCAUCUCCCUCGACCCUGACGAAGGCGGCGUCACUCACAUGCGCGGCGGCCGACAAGCCAUCACGCUCCCAGCGGGGUAUUUGGGCUCCUCCAUCAUCGGCGCCCUCCUCACCUUCUGCGGCUUCAACAUCGUCGCGAGCAAGGUCGCCAGUAUCGUCCUGGGCGUCUGCUUCCUGCUGACUCUCUGGUGGGCGAGGAAGGACUGGCUCACGAUUGGGACGGUUCUGGCGGCGGUGGGGUUGCUUGUGGCGUGUUGGUUUAUUGCGCAUGCGGAGGCGUUGAGGUUUGUGGUUUUGUUUAUUGGGGUUAUGAGUAGUCUUUAUUCCGUCUGGGAUAUCUGCGAUGAUUUAGUUUUGAGGAAGGUGAAUAGCUCGGAUGCGAGUGUGUUCGCGAAGCGGUACGGAGGAAGUUCCAGGUGCUGGGGGCUUAUUUGCAGCGUUAUAUCGGUGUGCUUCAUGGCGGCGGGGAUUGUUGCUGGUAUUGCGGCUUUUCGACAGGAUUGGGAUCAGCAGGAGAAGGAUUCGAAGGGGUUUAUACCUACGAGGUAG